AUGUCUUUCCCGACAAAACCUAUCGCACGAUUGACUGGCCACGCCGGCAUUGUCCAUGCCGUCGCCUACUCUUCCGGCUCUCAAACCUACAUUCUCACCGGCGCCUCCGACCGUACCAUCCGUCUUUACAACCCAUCGAAAGCGCCGCCUACCUCAACCGCUCCUACCACGUCCUCACAAUCGCCCCCGGGUCUCGUGAACAAAUAUACCGCGCACGGCUAUGAAGUCCUCAGCAUUGACGUCAACUCGGCCAACGACAAGUUUGUGAGCACAGGCGGCGACAAAACAGUUUUCCUCUGGGACGUGCAGACGGCGCAGACGGUGCGCCGUUGGACUGGCCAUGCUGGGCGUGUGAACCGCGGCGUUUUCGGAGGCGAGGGCGACAGCAUCAUAGCGACCGGGUCAUACGAUGGGACGGUCAGAAUCUGGGAUACCAAGUCCAACGCGUACAAGCCCAUCAUGACACUUUCAGACGCCAAAGACAGUAUUUCUGAUGUUACGAUACACGACGCGGAUAUUCUGGCUGCGAGCGUCGACGGUCGCGUCAGGAAUUAUGAUCUCAGAAUGGGCAUGUGUCAGGUUGAUGUUAUAGGACCGAGUUGCACGAGUUUGGCUGUCAGUAAAAAGGGUACUGAGGUUCUGGUCGGAUCCCUGGAUUCUACUGUGAGGCUCAUGGACCGGACGAAUGGGGAAGUACUCAAAACCUACAAGGACGACGCCUUCGUGAACAAGCAUUUGAGAGUCAGGAGCACGCUAGGCCUGAAUGAUAGCGUAGUACUUAGUGGAAGUGACGACGGCAUGGUGUUUGCGUGGGAUAUGUUGGAGGGAACGUGUUUGUAUAAGUUUAAGCAUUCCGAGAUGAGGGAAGUAAGAGGUGCAGCGCCUGUCAUACCAACAAAAGCAAACAAGGACGUCGUGUCUGCUGUGGCCUUCUGUAAAACAAGGAGGGAGUGGUGUAGUGGUGGUGGCGAUGGCAAUGUCAUUGUUUGGGGCAUGGGAAGCUGA